UACCGGCUUUUAUUUUGCACGGUUUAUUAGAAAUGGAGAGGAAUUCUUUCUAGGAUCACGUUGCGUAUGUGUAUUAUUAAUGCUGAAUGCUUCUUUAGUGUUUAGCGCCCUUUUUGGAGCCUAUACAAAAUAACGGAUUGUCGAGGUGUCCACAAGCUGAGGAUUUAACUUUAAUUCGUUGUGCUCGCCUGGAAGUUGUGAAAAAAAAAUUAAGCCGCAGUGACGGACAACUGAUGAGUUUAUCAUUUAUAAAAGAUCACAGUUCUUGUUUACAAUUCUUGCAAUUUGAUGAAGUUGAUUGAGGCUUAAGGAAUAUUUUUACAUCAAGCUCUAUAUUAUCACAACGUGAGACAAAGUAAAUGCAGGCAGCAUCAGUGGAUGCAUGUCUGAAGUGAUGCCAGAUGGCACUGUGAAAGCGCCAGCCAAAUGUUAGCUUACGAAUCGCUGUGUGGCAACCCACUUUCGAAGGCGGUCGAAACGUCUGCCGCAGUCAGUGGCACCGAAGUGGCUUAUCAUACUUUGUGUCAUUACCUUCAAACCGACUAUCAAGCGAGUUGUGAAUUGACCGCAAUCUGACCUUUCUUGUCAAAAGCUUGGAACAUUUUAUGCGAAAAACGACUGGGCAUGUGAAUCGCCGAACCGGAGUUGUAACAGCGUGAUAUGAAUUAUACAAAGCAUAACUGACCGUGAUAAAUUCAAGAAGUCGCCUCUCACGACAGAAGAAAGAAGAAAAUUCAUCGACGAACAUAAGCUUGGCAAGACGGUCGAAAGCAGACUGCAGUGUUCUCAUUUGGCAUUUAGGAUGUAUGAUAUGCCUCGGACGGAGUAACUACUUCCGGUUCAAUCACCCUCAGGAAGCCCAGUUGAUGCGCUCGAUAUUGCCCAACACGAGGGUCAGCAUGGUUCCCAUCAACUUCUACCCGGCCGUGGACAACCCGGAGUAUUUUCACAUGGCCGGCGGCGAUUCUUCGCCGGCGGAGGCGGACGAGGCCGCCGACGGGGAGAGCAAGCCUCCGGUGCCGCCCCGAAGGACGACGCCCCAGCCCGCCCCCGCCCCGCCCCACCAGGAGGGGCAGGACUUCGUGGACAAGGUGAACCGGUUUGAACAGCUGUCAAGCAUAUCAGUGGUGGAUGGGCUGAUGUGGGACUGCCCAGGCCAAGGCGCAGUUGGCAGGAGCAGGAGCAGGAGCAAUGGUGCUGACCUCAUCUAUGACAGCCAAAGUGAUAGUGAUUCUGAUAUCCCGCCCGAGGUUCCGCCGAGGUCAGAGGCUGCGGGCUCCUGCCAGGCGUCCUCUCCCCCCGUCAGCGGCAUGGCCGGCAGACUUGCCCAGCCGCGUUACUUCGGCGAGUACAUCUACACCAAGAACGAAAUGGCGCCUCCCCCUGUAGCGCCACGGCCCCCGGCCAUCGGCUCUCGGCGCAGCCCCGCCAACCCAACCUCGAAUGGCACCGUCUCCACUGUGGUCUCCCCAUCAGGCAUGACCUCCGUCCACAACAUCAUGUAUCGCUCGUUGCCCCCGCCCUCUGGCCACGCCCCACAUACACCCAACACUUUUCCACCGGCACCCACAGUGCCCUUGCCCCCCACGCCUACAUCGCCGCAGCCACCCGUGCCCUCCAGUGCCCUACCGCCCAUGCCCGUGAGUCGGGGCGUUGUGCACCGGCGCACACCCUCCAGCGGCUCAAGCAUCGGCUCCUCUUCCAUGACCGGCUCGUGGACGCCGGGGGUUGGGCUGGCGGGCGCAGCUCUCCCACCUUCAAGCUUAGCCAAGGAAGGAGGCACGCGGUGCUCGCUCGAAGACCUAAGACACAGUGAACUUCGGAAGCAACAGGCAGUGGAAGACCGCAUGAGGGAGCAGGAGGCGGCAGCGGCCGAGCGAGCGCGCCUGGAGGAGAUCCUGACGCUGUGUGCCGAGUACGAGCGCCAGCAGGGGUGCCAGGGGGGCCAGGGCAGCGCCACCUCCCCUCGGCCCCCGGCCCACUCCCCGCACCACGCCUUGACUCAGAACAGGUAAGUGCUGGAAAGAAAA